AUGAGUACCCUUUUUCAACCCGCUCUCAGAAAUCCUUUCGGCUCUCCUAUCGAACCUUCACCGAGACCUCGAUCAAUGGCUAUCCUACCUCAAAGCGCCACUAAUAAUCAUCCGUCGCCGAAGUCGAUCCAGGAGGACUCGAUCAUGACCUCUCCCGCUCCCCCGAACAUGGGACCUCCAGGGCCCGGAGCAGGAGGAAGUCCCGAGGUGGAACAAGGACCGGGCAGCAACCUCCCAAAUGGGUCUCGGGAACAGAUGUCUCUUGGUGCAAAUAAUAGUACCGCUGCAGGGGCCGUGGGAGCUUCUCAGGGACCCAAGGUGGUGCAAACAGCUUUCAUUCACAAGUUAUACAGUAUGCUGGAGGACAAGAGCAUCCAGCAUCUCAUUUCGUGGUCAAAUACCAACGAGAGCUUUGUCAUGUCCCCUUCCAACGAGUUUUCAAAAGUUCUGGCACAAUAUUUUAAACACACCAACAUCUCCUCCUUUGUUCGCCAGUUGAACAUGUAUGGAUUUCACAAGGUCAGCGAUGUUUUCCAUACCGGAUCUCCCGAAUCCGCGCUGUGGGAGUUCAAGCACGGAAACGGCAAUUUCAAGAAAGGUGAUCUGAUGGGCCUGCGGGAAAUCAAAAGGCGCGCUUCCCGCCACACUUUGAUACAUCGAGACUCCUUCUCGAAUGCCAAACCGGGCGUCUCUCAACCAGGCACGCCCGCUGAGGUCAUGCCGGACACGGACCAGCGUCUUGCAGGCCUCGAGCAAGCUUUCUACGACGUGCAUACAAGGUUACAAAGGACCGAAGACAGCUAUGCAUUGAUGAGCUCGAGGUGUCAAGCAUUGACCGAGGGACUCGUCCGAUGCCAUCAAUGGAUCCACAAUCUCACCAGCGCCGUCCAGACAAUCUCCUCCCCGGAAUCAGCAUUGUACGCGGAUAUCGCCGUCAUGCAAAAAGAGAUUGCGCGACAGCUUGAAUAUGUCCGCGCCCUGGAGGCUCCCCAAGAGUCUUUGCAAAAUGGCAGACAGUCAUUCUACCCCGGCGGUUCCACCUUAGAGCCGCCGCUUUCUCCACGGGGAUUCAAUUAUCCAGACAGCCGAAGAUCCUCCAUUCAGAUCGAGCCGCAGCAUGUUGGAUUACGUCCUCCUAUCCCGCCGAUACCCCCUCAGUUCGCUUCCUCCUCGCCGCGUCGCUUUGGGUCGAUCAGCAUCCCACAUGUAUCUCCCGGGUUUAGUCGUCCGGCUCUCCCGCAGCCGCCAGCCAGCGUGCAUCCGUUGGCCUCGGUGGCAACACCGCCACCCAUGAACUUGGCGAGGAGGCACACCUCAGCUGAUAUUCGAGAGCACGGGUGGCCACCUGCCAAUGGGAACGGCUCACCCUAUGCUUCGGGGCAGUCGUCAGUGCAGUGGCAGCCGUCUUCGCCACAGCAGCCACCUCAGGCUGCUGGAGACCAACAAAUCCGUGAUCAACUGGCUCAAUACGAGAUUAACGGCCCGAAGAGAACAGCUGCGACACACCAAACGAGCCAACCUACACCACCGCUCACCUCGAGCUCCGAGGCACCGCCCGCUGGCCUCGGGGUCGAGAACGUGCCGUGGCCGUUGGGAAAUAACAAAUUCCCGCGAACAAAUUUCGAGCUCCACUCCGCUCCAGCGACGCGGAGAGGAAGUAUGGCGACCUUGCAUUCGUUGCUGAACCCCGCUGAGACAGCGGAGCAAGAGAACGAGGAUGAAGGACCUGGCUAUGGCCGAGAUGACGACCGGAAACGGAAACGACUGACAUGA